UAAAUUAAAAAGAGCAAAUAUAAAUAUUUUAACUGACAUUUCUGUAACUCUUUGGGCUUUUAGAGAACAUCAGAAAUUUUAAUCGUCUCCCAAAUAUCAUUGACUGCAGAUAAGAAUAUAGUUGAUGUCAUCACCUUCUUUGCUCUUUUCUGCACUUAUUCCUAUCACAGUUUCUUUCUGUUCUGGUCAUUUUGGAGUAGUUCACAAGAUCUCUCUCAGUGCCUUUGUUCUGAUUGCCAUAAGCUUCCAUGACUUUUUCUUCCCUUACAAAAGUAAAGACAUUUUCUCAAUGAACUUGUGCAGAAAAGGUAGAUACGGGGAUACAAAAAAUCACCACAAGAAAGAAAACAAAUGCUUAUCAAGACAAAAUGAUUGUGAUGACAUGUUAUAUCCAACAGGUCAGAGGUCACAUGCACUGUGACUUUGUAAUGUUUUGCAAAAGCAUUUUCCUGAUCAUGAUCACAAUCAUCUUUAUGGGGCACAUAUGUCAAAACAAAGGAAAAUGACUCUGAUUUCCUUAUUUCUCAAUAAACUCACACAUUUUAAAGCCUUCUCUAAAUAUAAUGCAUAUUAAAAAGUGUUCAUUCCGUUGGAAGAUUUUCCCCCUUGUUAUUCCUUUUCAACAUUAAACGCACAAAUCAUGGUCAGUAGAGUGUGGCUUUGUUUCAGGAGGAAGCUGGAGAACCCAGGCGCAGACACAGAGAGACCGGCAGACAGGUGAAUGAAGGAAAGAGUUUAUUCAACAAGAUAACUAAACUAGUGCAUAGAUGGAGAGCUGAACUGGGGGAACAAAACUAAACCCAACUACUCAAAACCCUCCAAACAAACACUACGAAUACGAAAAAAAACGGACGUCAACCAAUACUAAAAUGGAUUAACGAAACUAAACUAAGGAGGGGUAUUCACAAGACGAGGGAACAGACAACAGAGGGGAAACAGGUUGGGGAAAUCCAGAAGCAGACAGGAGAAGACAAACAGAAUCCAAGCAGAGUCCAUGAGGGAGAAGAGACUGUGAAGGCAUGUGAGUCAAUGAUCCAGUGGGGAGUGAAGGAAAGCACGGAGCUUCAAUAGCUGGAGGUGAGGUAGAGAACAGGUGAAAGGAGUGAACUAAUUACUGCAGCUGAUGUGCAUUACUGCAAUCAGCAAGGUGCAGUUUGGUGAGUGAGACAAGGGAGACAGACAGACACAGAGACCAACAGAUGCAAACAGAGGGAACCACAGGGACAAGACAAGGAGAGAGAGAGAACAGGGACAGAGAUGACAGGAUGAGCGAGAGAAAUGCAAGAGAGACAUGACAAAGACAGGAUGAAGGACAGGCAAGGAGGACGGUGGAAGGAGAAGAAAAGGGCUAGAGCAAGGAUCACAACAGGCUUUUUAAACAAGAAUUUACUAAAAGAGAUAAUUUCAUCUCAGUGUAAUAUUCUACAAAUGCGCCAAAGAUAAAAUGAAAAUAUCUAUCUUCAAAGAAAUGUACAAGUAUUUAAAAAUAAUAAAUUAAUGUUCUCUUUGUUGUAUACCACUUGGUUCCUUGACAAAAAUUUGCGGUUUACUUAUUUCCUCUCCUCUCUGUCUGAAAGUUACAUGGUUGGAUGGACUGGAUUUACACAAUACUUCACAGUGUUCCAAAGGUCGUUGUUAUAGAUUGUACAUCUCCACCAGAUGAAAUGGUUCAAUAUAAUUCCACUGUGACAUCAGAGUCAUACUAAUGUACAGGAUCUGAAUAUCUCCUCUACUGCUGAUCCUUAGGGCUGUUGUGUCUUGUUUUAGGCUUGAAGAUGUGGGAGUGAACUCAGCAAAACGUCACUUUUGAAAUGUUAUUCCUCAGACACAGUUCAAUACAAUAAAUGGCAAAACAGUGAGUGGUAGCGUUGAAAAGACAAAAAAUUCAUUAUGUUAAAUUCAAAUUGCGUAAUGACAACAUGUCUUUAUCUUACAUAAAAUGUCUAACAUAUUUCCAAAGAUUAGGAAGGCAAAUUAUUUCUGACUGCCAAAAUAUGGCUGGUUGUAUGAAAUCAUACAAUGAAAUCAUGUUUUUUGAUUUAGUUAUCAUAAAGCCUUUAGGCCAAUAGCCAGGAUGCAGGAUGCUGUGAGAGAGCUGUUGUCGUUUGGGGGCUGACUACAUGGUCUCCAUCAAUGUUUAGGUGGUUGUUCUAUGUCACGACAGCCACAGGAAUUCCAGUACCCCAGAAUUCCUACCAGAACAUUGUCUUGUAAGGAGAUGAUCAGUGUUAUACGCUUUGGUUGUCAGUGGUUCUGAUGGUGCAGCUGAUCAGUGAAACAAUAUAUAUUGCUGAAUCACAGUGUUUUUUUCCAUUAAGGUCAGAGUCCAGUGCAGUUGCUUUGGCAAGAACUAAUUUAUUGAGCUUUGCCCUCACAGAAGAGAGAGUGGUGUGAUUUUGUUUCUAUUGGCAGUGAAACAUCAACCCUCAGUCUCACAGAAAAAACAAAGAGAACAGUCUUUAGUAUCUUUCGUUAGACAAGCUGUGUCUGCAGUAUGGAUUCGGUCUAUUCUCUAAUCAGAUACUGUGUUGACUGGGAUGUCAGAAGUCUGCUGCUCUUCGCAGUCGUUUUCAUCAUUGCAGCAGAUUUUGUUAAAAACCGUCGGCCAGCUGGCUUCCCUCCAGGACCUUGGGCUCUUCCAGUUGUGGGCAACAUAUUCACUGUUGACCACACAAGGACCCAUGAAAGACUGACGCAGUUAGCGAAAAAGUAUGGAAAUGUGUACAGUCUACGAAUCGGCCAGAAAUGGACGGUGGUGUUAAACGGUUUUGAGGUUCUGAAAGGAGCUCUAGUAAUGCAGGGAGACAGCGUGGCGGACCGACCAGUUACUCCUUGGUCUGCCGACAGAUCACAAGGACGAGGUGUGAUUUUGACUAGUGGGCACAUCUGGAGGCAGCAGAGACGAUUUGCACUUUCAACCCUCAAAUAUUUUGGAUUUGGAAAGAAGUCACUUGAACCUGUCAUCCUGGAGGAAUUUACACAUUGUGCUGAAGAGUUCAGAAGCUUUAAAGGUAAGCCAUUCAAUCCACGCGUCACCAUGAUGAACGUCACCGCCAACAUCAUCUGCUCCCUGGUUUUUGGUCAUCGCUUUGAGUACAAUGAUGAGAAGUUCCGGAAGCUGAUGUGGAACAUUGGGGAAUCGCUCCACUUUCAGACGACCAUUUGGGCAGAGCUCUACAAUGCAUUCCCUGGGCUGAUGAAAUAUUUCCCAGGUCUACAACAGAGAUUACAGAACAACUGGGCUGGCGUGAGGGGCCUUAUACGAGAAGAGAUAAAUGAGCACAAGAAGAUCUCCUCAGAACAAAGAAGAGACUACAUUGACUGCUACCUGAAUGAGAUUCAGAUGAAUAAGGGGAACGAUGACAACACUUUUGAUGAGGAUAACCUGGUGAACUGUGUUUGGGACUUGUUUGUGGCCGGUUCAGAGACCACAUCCACCACUCUGCGCUGGGCGUUCCUCUUCAUGGUAAAAUAUCCUGAGAUCCAGGAGAAGGUCCAGGCUGAGAUAGACAGAGUGAUUGGACAGUCCAGACAGCCAUCCAUGGAGGACCGUGUAAACCUUCCCUACACAGAUGCUGUCAUCCACGAGAUCCAGAGGAUGGGUAACAUCGUUCCUCUCAGUCUGCCACAUUUCACCAACAGAGACGUCCAGCUGGGAGGCUACACCAUCCCAAAGGGAGUUACAAUAAUUCCCAAUCUGACCUCUGUGCUGUUUGACAAGAAUGAGUGGGAGACGCCCUACACCUUCAACCCGGGACACUUUCUGAAUGAGGAGGGCAAGUUUGUGAAACCAGCAGCUUUCAUCCCUUUCUCUGCUGGUAAGCGUCUGUGUCUCGGGGAGAAUCUGGCCAAGAUGGAGCUUUUCCUCUUCUUCAUUUCCUUCAUGCAGCACUUCACCUUCUCCAUGCCUGCUGGGGUGAAGCCUUCAAUGGAGUACCGCUUUGGCGUCGUUCUGGCCCCGAAGGAUUAUGAAAUAUGUGUAACCUCACGUGUAGGAGAGCAAUAAAUUUUAAAAACAGCAAAUAUUUUAACUGAUAUUUCUUUAACUCGUUGGGAGUUUAGAGAACAUCAGAUGUUUUAAUUGUCUCCCAAAUAUCAUUGGCUGCUUAUAAGAAUAUAGUUGAAAUCAUGUUUUCCAUAAACCUUCUUUGCUCUUUCCUUCAUUUAUUUCUGUAACAUUCUGUUCUCGUCAUUUUUGGUGUAGUUCACAAAUUUUCCUUUAAUGCUUUUAACCUGAUUGCCAUAAGCUUCCAUGACUUUGUCUUCCUUUACAAAAGUAAAGACAUUUCCACAAUAAACUUGUGCAGAAAAGGUAGAACCAGGGGCACAAAAAAUCACCACAAGAAAUGAAAACAAAUGCUUAUCAAGAUAAAAUGAUUAUGUGAGGACAUGUUAUAUCCAACAGGACGGAGGUCACAUCCACUGUGACUUUGCAAAGUUUUGCAAAAGGCCUUUCCUGGUCUUGAUCAGAAUCAUCUUUAUGGGGCAAAUAUGUCAAAACAAAUGAGGAAACUGACCCUGAUUCCUGUUUUACUCAAUAAACUCACACACUUUGAAAUCUUCA